AAAAUCAAGCUCGACAACUCGCUCUCUUCCCCCAGCAUCUUCACCCUCACAGUCCCCAAAAUGGCUGCUCAAUCCCGCGCAGCAAUGAAGCUCGACUGGAGCAAAGUCGGCAGCCAACUCGGCCUUCGCGGCAGCACGGCCACAGCUCUCGCGAACUUCAAGAAGCGAAACGACGACGCCCGCCGCCGCGUGCAAGUGCUCCAAGACCAGCCCUCCACCGUCGACUUCGGACACUACCGCUCCGUCCUGAAAAACACGGCCGUGAUCGAUGAGAUCGAGCAGUACUUCAAGACCUUCCAGCCGAAAACCUACGACGUGAGCAAGCAGAUCAAGGCCAUCGAGAGCUUCGAACAGGUCGCGAUCAAGAAUGCGGAGGAGACCAAGGGUAAAGUCGAGGUCGAGCUGAGGAGCUUGGAGAAGGCGUUGAACGAUAUUGAGGGCGCAAGGCCGUGGGAUGAGACUACCGUCGACGAUGUUGCUGCCGCGGCGCCCGAGAUUGAUGAGUACACGGCCAGAUUGGUUAAGAAGGGACGAUGGAUGCCUCCGGGAUACCAGGAGAGGUUCCCCAAUUUGUCGGUGCUGUAGACGAUACGCUGCAAGGAGAGAAGGAGAGAAGAGAGAGGAGCAAAUGGUUGGGAGCGGCACAGUUUUUCUCAGACUCGAUGCUUUUGUUUCCCCAACCGAGAAUUUAUGUAUAGUGGCUUAGAUCAAAACAUGAGCACUUGUUCAACACCUCGAUGCUAUCAGAGCAACUGUUCUCUCACCCAGGUGUCGUCCACAAGGAGCAAACUAAUCGGUUGACUGUUAGGAUGCGAGGAGCUGAUCUGAGCCAACGCACUACUUCGUUUUCACUGACGAGCAAAAUUAGGAGCGAGAAUCCCAGAGCUCGAGAACGCAUUCAGCGUCGGAUCAGUUCUAUGCUCCAUCGAUCUAUUCUGACACAAAUCAGUCCCCUUGCUACGAAGAGAUACGGCCAAGUCCACCACAAAUGCUCCAAGUCAUGUGUUG